GAGGACCCCCUGUGGAGGUGCAGGAGCGCCCUCUGUACCUGGGAAGACACGUUGGGAUGGCGUCCCCUGGGAGCAAGGCCCCGAGGAGAGAUGCGGGGUCCCCGGUCGAGGCUGCAGGCAAGGCAGCCGAUGACUCUGGGAGGAGACAGGAGAGCAGAGAGCUGAGUGGGCCGGAGCCUGUUCCUGAAGGAAACCAUCCAAUACCGGAUAGCCCCGGGGGAAGCAGUUUUUUUGAAGAAGCAUUUGAGACAGAUUGGAGGAAUGAACUACAGAAUACGUUGGAAGAAUUUAAAGAUGACAUGAGAAAGAUGCUUGAGGAAAAGAGGGAAAGAGUCAUGAUGGAGACCAGUGCUUCCAUUGAAAACGUUAAUCAGAAAAUUGAUGAAGUUUGGAUAGCCCAGAAUGAGCAAAGGAAGAAGCUUUAUCAUGAAUAUUCUCAGCAGUUUCUAACUUUGUUUCAAGAGUGGAAUGUGAAUAUGAAGAAAAUCAAGAAAGAAGAAGAAAUACUAGCUAGUAUACUUCAACUGCAACAAGAACUUUUGCCACACUAUCAAAUUGUUCACAGGAAGAAAAUGCAAGCACUUAAUGAGCUGCGUGAGCAAUUCUUAAAGAGUAUGGAAGACUUAGAGAAGAGUCAGGAACGUCUUUUGGUUGGUGAGCGGAGUGCACUUCGGAAAGAAAUGGUCAGGUUGCAAAAACCCUUUCUGAUGAAACAUACAGAGACCGAGCAAGAGCAGGAAGGGGCCAAGAGUGAGGGAGACACAGAAUCCAGGGAGCAGGCUCCAGGCUAUGAGCUGCCAACACAGAGCUCACCAUGGGACUCAACCCCAGGAACAUGCGAUCAUGACCUGAGCUGAAGUCACAGGCUGACCCACUGAGCCACCCAGGAACCCCUCUCCUUUCAUUUAACAGCAGUAAGAAGAGGUGGCAGUUGUUCGAAACUCUCUUUAUUCUCUGUUAUUAUGGUGGCAUUUGAAGAAAGGACUUGAACUAAGUAACAUGAUACAGUUAUAAAUAUGAGCCACAUCAAACCAUUGUGAUUUAACAAUUCUAGUUUAAAUGGUUACAUCUUGUUACCUGCUGGCUUGUUUUAAGUGCAAGACCCUCUUUCCGUGUAAACCCGAGUGAGACCUAAACAGUUAUGUGAGUAGCAGCAAUUCCAAAGUUAUAUACAGGAAACGUACGGGCAUUCGGCGGCAAUGGUGACUUUCUCUUCUUAACGUUGUCAAUUCAAUUUUAGCAAUAAAGAUGAUUUGCGUGUAAGUUGGCUUCAGUGACUCUGUAUCAGUAUCAGUCCCCAAAGCUAGAAAGUGCAAUUAUAGAAGGUUACGUUGCUCUUUCUAAAGGGAAAGAAAAAAGGAAUACACCCUGUUGCAUAUACUCAUUAAGCUACAGAACCAAUUGUAAUGAAAAUAAGAUUUGAAAUACUGUCUACUCCAGGAAAUCACAAAAUUUAUGAAGAGCAAGUGAAGUUUAUGCCCCAGAAUAAAUGAAGCUGCUACAAGUCAUUAAGAGAACUGAAUAAGAGAUGUAAAUAUCACUUGUGAGAUACAGAGUUGUGAAUAUGCCAUUUCCACCAAAAAAGUUUAAAUGUCAUUUAGUCAGCUUGGGUCCACUAUUAAAUGACACCUUGCCCUUAGCACCGAUUAAAAGUAUUAACAUACACAUGUACUGAGUUCCCUAUAGUUUAAAUAUUUCAUGCCUAUCUUUAGAGAUUAAGUACCUAGAACGUUUUGUGUUGCAAGUUUAAUAUUCAGUGAGUAUAUGGGAAGGUUAUUGUCUGUUCAUCUAAAAAUGUGAACAGUUAAUUCUCAUGCCUUGUCUAUUAUGAUGUACUUUUUACAUACAUGACCGUAUGAAACUUUCCGUUGGAAACAUUUGAUUUCAUAAGCAUGAAUCUGUUUGAGAAGUUUGGAAUAAAUCACUUAAAUGUA